AUGUUAUCUGUAGUUCAUCAGAACGUCCAGUCGAUCGGUAACUCGAUCAAUCAACUAAAUAUGGUUGUUUCAGAAACUCUGAAGAAUGAUGAUCUCUGUGCUGUAUGCAUUACUGAACACUGGAAGACAAAGGAGCAAAUUUCUAAUUUUGGUAUUGAUGGUUUUAUUUUGGCUAGUGCUUUCUGUCGGGAUUAUAAUGAACACGGAGGAGCUGCCAUCUAUGUCAAGGAGGGUUUGAAGUUUAGUGAAAGGGUGGAUUUGCUAAAUCUGUCUGUCAAGAAUGUGAUGGAGAUUGCAGCCGUAGAUGUGAGAUGCUCUGACAGGGAUCUCCUGGUGGUGUCGGUCUACGCUGCUUCGGGGGAGUCUGCUCGAUUUCUCGGGGAGUUUGAGAAAAUACUUGAGAUGGUUUCAAGCUCUGACAGAAUGAUAGUCAUUGGAGGAGAUUUCAAUAUCGACCUGCUCAGCCCUACGAAUAGGUGGAGUGUCGAAGACAAGUCAGUCUUAUAAAAGAAUGUUGCAAGCUCAUAGAUUGGAUGAAUUGAAGCAUAAAUUAAAGUUUAUGGACUGGGGCCCGGUUUAUGAAUUGGAUGAUCAUGAAGUAAAUUUACAGUGGGAGGCUUUUCUGAAGUUAUUCACCUCUGAAUUUAAUAGAAUUUGUCCCUUACAAAGAGUA